AUGGGUGUGCAACAUUCCCAUCCCGCCCUCGGUGCCCCCACAGUACCAUCUCCAAGCAGAGGCUGUUGCCCAUAAGAGCUGGGCUCUGAUGGAGCCCACCACAGGAGCACCGACCAGGAUGGAGCCCAGGACGAGCUGGGUCACAGCAGCUAGAAUGAGUCAGGAGGCCAGCAGAAUCCAGGCCAGUGGCAGGCCCGAGGCUGGUGUAUGCUCCCUGGCAUUACCCUCAGACCUACAGCUGGAUCGUCGGGGUGCUGAGGGGCCAGAGGCUGAUCGGCUGCGGGCAGCCCGAGUCCAAGAGCAAGUCCGAGCCCGCCUCCUGCAGCUGGGCCAGCAGUCGCGGCACAAUGGGGCUGCUGAGCCUGAUGGCGCCACCGAGGCUUCCAGAGGCAUGUCCAGGGGUCAGUACCAUACCAUGCAAACUGGCUUCAGCUCCCGAUCCCAGGGCCUGAGUGGAGACAAGACCUCGGCCUUCCGACCCAUGGCCAAGCCAGCCUACAAUUCCACCUCCUGGUCCUCCCGCUCAGCUGUGGACCUGAGCUGUAGUCGGAGGCUGAGCUCUGCCCACAACGGGGGCAGUGCAUUUGGGGCUGUGGGGUAUGGUGGUGCCCAGCCCACUCCACCCAUCCCCACCCGGCCAGUGUCCUUCCAUGAGCGUGGUGGGGCAGCCAGCCGGGCCGACUAUGACACAUUGUCCCUACGCUCACUGAGGCUGGGACCAGGAGGCCUGGAUGACCGCUAUAGUGUGGUGUCAGAGCAACUGGAACCUGCAGCUGCCUCCACCUAUAGAGCCUUUGCUUAUGAGCGCCAAGCCAGCUCCAGCUCAAGCCGUGCAGGAGGCCUGGACUGGCCAGAAACAACUGAAGGCCCCCCCAGUCGGACCAUCCGUGCACCUGCCAUGCGAACCCUGCAAAGAUUUCAGAGCAGUCACCGAAGCCGUGGGGGAACUGGGUCAGUGUCAGGGCCUGGCCUGGAGCCUGUGGCCCGAGCCCCAUCAGUGCGCAGCCUCAGUCUUAGCCUGGCCGACUCAGGCCACCUGCCGGAUGUGCGUGGGCUAGACAGCUAUACUGGCCAUCGCACCCUACAGAGGCUCAGCAGUGGCUUUGAUGACAUUGACCUGCCUUCAGCAGUCAAAUACCUCAUGGCCUCAGACCCCAACCUUCAGGUGCUAGGAGCAGCUUACAUCCAGCACAGGUGCUACAGUGAUGCAGCAGCCAAGAAGCAGGCUCGCAGCCUUCAGGCAGUGCCUAGGCUAGUGAAGCUCUUCAACCACGCCAACCAGGAGGUGCAGCGCCACGCCACAGGCGCCAUGCGCAACCUCAUCUAUGACAACGCAGACAACAAGCUGGCCCUGGUGGAGGAGAACGGCAUUUUUGAGCUGUUGCGGACACUUCGAGAACAGGAUGAUGAGCUACGCAAGAAUGUCACAGGGAUCCUGUGGAAUCUGUCCUCCAGUGACCACCUGAAGGAUCGCCUGGCCCGGGACACACUGGAACAGCUCACAGACCUGGUGCUAAGCCCUCUGUCAGGGGCAGGGGGUCCCCCUCUCAUCCAGCAGAAUGCCUCUGAGGCAGAGAUCUUCUACAAUGCUACUGGCUUCCUCAGGAACCUCAGCUCAGCCUCCCAGGCCACUCGCCAGAAGAUGCGUGAGUGCCACGGUCUAGUGGAUGCUCUGGUCACCUACAUCAACCAUGCCCUGGAUGUGGGCAAGUGUGAAGAUAAGAGCGUAGAAAAUGCCGUAUGCGUGCUGAGGAACUUGUCCUACCGCCUAUAUGAUGAGAUGCCACCAUCGGCACUGCAGCGGCUUGAGGGCCGAGGCCGCAGGGACAUGGCAGGAGCACCACCCAGCGAAGUGGUGGGCUGCUUCACACCACAGAGCCGGCGGCUACGUGAGCUUCCUCUCACAGCCGAUGCCCUCACCUUCGCGGAGGUAUCUAAGGAUCCCAAGGGCCUUGAAUGGCUUUGGAGCCCCCAGAUUGUGGGACUGUACAACCGGCUGCUGCAACGCUGUGAGCUAAACCGGCAUACAACAGAAGCGGCUGCUGGGGCACUGCAGAACAUCACGGCAGGAGACCGCAGGUGGGCAGGUGUGCUAAGCCGCCUGGCCCUGGAGCAAGAGCGCAUCCUGAAUCCCCUGCUGGACCGUGUUCGCACUGCUGACCACAACCAGCUGCGCUCUCUGACUGGCCUCAUCCGAAAUCUGUCUCGGAAUGCCAGGAACAAGGAUGAGAUGUCCACCAAAGUGGUGAGCCACCUGAUUGAGAAGCUCCCUGGCAGUGUGGGUGAGAAGUGUCCCCCAGCUGAGGUGCUGGUCAACAUCAUAGCUGUGCUCAACAACCUGGUGGUGGCCAGUCCCAUUGCUGCUCGGGACCUGCUCUACUUUGAUGGACUCCGAAAGCUGGUCUUCAUCAAAAAGAAGAGGGACAGCCCUGACAGUGAGAAGUCCUCCCGAGCAGCCUCCAGCCUCUUGGCCAACCUCUGGCAGUACAGCAAGCUCCACCGUGACUUCCGGGCGAAGGGCUAUCGGAAGGAGGACUUCCUGGGCCCAUAGGUGAAGCCACCUAGAGAUGAAGAGGUUCAGCUUCCAAGAGACAGGCUCAGCCCCUGCUGCUCAACAGUCCGUGGAAGAAGAGCUGAUGGCCACAGGGACUCUCCCCAGAGUCCUAUGUGCACCUUCAGGGACCAGGGCCACCAGGAAAGGAUGGGAGCUUACAGCUGGGGAUGGCUUCUGCAGGGCAAGGGUUGGGGCAGGGCUUGAGCUGCUCUGGUGCAUGGGGUGGUGACUCAGUCACAAUGGCAGAGGUGGGGCUGCCUGAGGCCUGACAGAGCCUUGGGAUAGCAACACUGGGAAUAAAAGUGGCUAUGAACACA